AUGGCACCCAAAAGAGCCCUUGACGAGGGCCCGACAACCGGCGCUCCGGAUAAGAAAAAGGCCAAGCAUGGCUUCCGUGUUGGCCCAGAGAACCUCCCAGAUGGAGCGUGGAAGCGCAAAGUCACCAAGAUCAAGAGGGAGCUCAUCACCAAGGCCAAAGUCAAGAAGCAAUACGCCAAAAUCAAAGCCCAGAAAGAAGCCGAAGCCCCAGCUGCCUCUAGUGUCCCCGUCGGUCCCGUUCUAGAUGCCCACGUCACCAUGGAGGACGACAACAGCAACUACAAAAUUGACAACGAGGUAGAGAGAGAUGUAGACACCCCCGCGCCAAUUCACCCUUCGCGGCAAAUCCUCCUCGAGAAAGGCGCCGCUGCCAAAGCAGCUAGAGCCGAACAACAGAAACCUAGUGAAGAAUCGCACAACGAGAAUGAAGAGAAUGCCAACGGAGGAGAAGAACAAAAAGAGGUCCAACGGACAACAACGACAACAAUAACCACAACUACCACCCAGGAAGACGAUGACGGUGUCUACAUUCCCCCACCCAUGGACCCAAACAUGCACCCCUCGCGCCUUCCCAAACGCCACCGCAAACCGAACUACUACGAAAAAGAGCUAGCGCUCGCCGAGAAGAAGAAGAAGCAGGCGGAAGCGCGGGCGGCCGAGAUUGCGCGGCGCGAGGAGGAGAAGCGCCAGCGUAUCGCUGAAAGAGAAAAGUAUCGCAAGCAGAUGGCCAAGGCGAGGCAGCCGGGAGCGAGGGAUGGGAAGAUGAAGCUUGGAAGGCAGGGAAAUUUGUUGUUGGAUAAGGUCAAGAGGAUUGUUGGACAAUGA